AACAGAAUAAGACAGUGAUACUGGAAGGUUUCACAACAAUCGCACAGCAAGACAGGGAUUAACUGAUUGGCCAUUAAGUGCCCUGUUUGAUGUUAUGGAUUACAAAGGGCGUUCAGGCUAAAACGUCAUCGCCAGGAACGUCAGUCCCCUGAACGGUCUGAGCUGGUAUGUUGUGACCCAGGGUCUGUUCAAGACGAGAUUCCAGCUACUCACUCACUCUCUGUGUGCUACUUGGUGGAUGUUACAGUGUAGCGUUAUGACGACCUCCAGUCUGUGUUGUGGUCUUAUAACGCUGUGGAUGUUAGGUUUCCUUGUUCCAGAUGUUUGUGCCGCUACCCGAUGCAACUACUACAGCUCCUACGGCUACUACACCUACCGCUACUGCACCUACGGUUGUUGCGGGAGUAGCUACGCCUACGUGUGCUGCUCCAGUGCCACGAGUUUCGUGUUGUCUGGUGGUGCCAUCACAGGCAUUGUGAUGGGAGCUCUUACUGUAGCUGUUGUCAUCUUCAUUAUCUUGAUCAUCUUGAAGAAAAAGAAAUACUGGAGAGGCAGGAGUGUUGUCGGCCACAGUAACAUCGUAGUGAGCAGCUCCUCCACGGCUACAAAGCCUGUCAGUACCGUCCAGGUGGGACCGUCCGCCCCACACAAUCCCUACCCUGCAUACCCACCCCCAGCAUACCCACCCCGGCAUACCCUCCACCACAACAGCCCCCAUCAAACAACCAAGCAUACCCCCACCCCAGCAGCCCUACACACCCAACAACCCAGCUUACCCACCCCACCCCUGCCUACAACAUAA